UUUGCUUAUUUUGUGUAGAGUUUUUUUCCCCCCUUUACUUUCUUUCUUUCUUUUAGUCCAGAAGGCUAAUAAGUCUACCUUCUGGGUCUCAAUUUAAAGCAUUGUGCUUUCUUUUCCCCACCACAUUUUGAUCAGAACAAGGGGUCAGUUGGUGACAUGCUGCUCCAGCCGCUUCCCGCACACCCUGGGUGCACUUUGGCGCUUGGGUAUUUGGCAUUGCGGACAGUGAAACGUACAUCCCCAGCCCUUGUUUCUGUGCCUUCUCCACUACUGUGUAGAUGUGCCCCUACCAUCCAGACAGCUUGGCUUUGGGGUUGACUGUGCGGGGGAUGGGAGGCCGUCAGUCCGAGUGAGACUCUGGGAGGAAGUUGGCCGUGGGACUGAUUCAGAGAUGCCCCAAGUGUGGCUGUAUUCUCUGCAUCUUCCCACAACCCCAAAUUUACCCCACAUAGAUAUCUUCUUGGUGUGGCCCCGGGCUCUCAAGCCGAAGGGAGUGAGGGUAUAUUUCAGUUUUCUUUUUCAUGGUAGCUGAAGCUGACAGUGGUCAGCGCUGAAUCCCUGACACCCUAGAGGCUGACAUCCCAGCGCCUGGUUAACUUAGGGCCUUGCUUCCAGGGGGCCUUGAACAUGUUGAUUGUCUUUGAUCAGAAGAAGUUCUUUGUGUUUGAAAUUUUCAGCCUGCUUCCUUGACUCGAUGGCCACCUUGGGCCUGGCAGCAUAUGGCUAUGGAAUCCGCUAUGAGUUCGGGAUUUUUAACCAGAAGAUUGUCAAUGGCUGGCAGGUCGAGGAGGCCGACGACUGGCUGCGCUACGGCAACCCCUGGGAGAAGGCCCGGCCGGAGUACAUGCUUCCUGUGCACUUCUACGGGCGAGUGGAGCACACCCCCGAGGGGGUGAAGUGGCUGGACACGCAGGUGGUGCUGGCCAUGCCGUACGACACCCCGGUGCCAGGCUACAAGAACAACACUGUCAACACCAUGAGGCUAUGGUCUGCCAAAGCGCCCAACGACUUCAAUCUCCACGACUUUAACACGGGCGGUUACAUCGAGGCGGUCCUGGACAGAAAUCUGGCCGAGAACAUCUCCAGAGUCCUGUACCCCAACGACAAU